CUUCCGGGCACGAGAUUUAAUGCAUUGUGUGCAGUACCUUCAGAUCACUGACUGGUUGCACACCGAUUAUAACGUAGCGAAGCGACAGUUGUAAUGUUUGCAAAUGUUACCUUAGGUCAGCGAUGUCUCUUCCGCAAAGCAGCGCCGCUGGAGGGAUUCACGGGCUCCUUUUGAAACUUCACGAAUCACUCGCAGACGACGAUCCCGGUCGUGCGUCUCUGAAUUGUCAAGACCUAGUGGGAGACUUGGGGCAGACGUGCAUGCUAACACCCAGCGACAAUGAACUGGCCUUACAGACAUCAUUGCUGUUUUCGAAAGACUAUGGGCUGCUCAUCUUCCUCAAGAAAUCUUUACCACGAGAUGAGCUCCGGGAAGCCAGGGUUAAGACGUUGUGUUUUUUGGCGACGUUUUUGGACAAGCUUUCUCCAAAGGUCAAAGGGUGGGAGAAGACAUACGCAAUUGACAUAAGAGAUACAUGUAUGGUGGUGUAUGCAAAGGAAAAAACUGCCAAAUGUAGGAGUGCAGUGCUGGAGCUGCUUGUUAAGGUUCUUCUCACAACAAAAGCUUCCACUGUGGCAGCGGAAUUGAGAAUUGGUGAAAUAUUCACCAAAUUUUACAGUGAACUUUAUCAAAAGAACAAACUUCCAGAUUCGGUCCUCGGCAUCAUCUAUGAAUUGCUGGGAGUUGUUGCCGAGGUUCACCCCAGUGAGAUGGCCAACUACUCGGACAAACUCUUCAAAGCCUAUCGAGGGGAGCUUAAAGAACAGAUGACUUCAACAACAAGGGAGCCCAAACUCAUUGUAGUUGCUGGAUGCUUGAGAGGAAUCACUUCGCUCAUGGUUAACUUCACGAACGCAACGGAGGAAGACCCGGAAACCUCCAACGAAAUUUUUCAAUACGCUCUAAAAGCAAUUAGUCCACAGAUGGAAAUGAGUCGGUAUGCCGUCACUUUCGCUGGACUUAGAUUGUUCACCCGGCACGCGCCCCAGUUCAGCAGCGGCCUCAUAGCCCACUACAGGGAGGUGUUUGAUGCCAUGUCCAAGCUCUGUGGUCACUUCAACCAUGAAAUGAAGAAGACCAGUUACUAUGCACUUGAAGCCUUCCUGAAGCAGGUUUCGCUACUCGUGGCAGAAAACGUUGAGGAACACAAGGGCAAGUUGAAGUUCUUCAUGCAAAAGUUCUGCAACGUCAUUAAGACCAUGGAGUCCACCCACAAAGAACUCUCCAUCGCCAUACGAGGAUAUGGGUUGUUUGCAGCUCCGUGCAAGAAGGUCUGCCCGCAAGAUGUGGAACUGAUGUACACCGAGUUGAUUCAACGCUGUAAGCAGAUGUACCUGACUGAGUCUGAUGGGGAGGACGAAAGCUUCUACCAACUGCCCAGCUUCCUGGACUCUGUCGCGAGUGUCCUGAUUCACCUCGACAAGGUUCCGGAGGUGUACACUCCGCAACUGGAACGUCUGCUGGUGGUACAGAUUGACAGCUUCCCUCAGUACAGUGAAAAAAUGCAGAUCGCUUGUUGCAGAGCCAUCAUUAAAGUGCUGGUGGCCAUGGCCUCCAAAGGACCUGUACUGUGGAGUUUCAUUAGUUCUGUGGUGCACCAAGGAUUGAUUCGUGUUUGUUCUAAACCCAUGGUCACUGAGGCCGAAAUUUCUGAAAAUGAUUCCGAAGUUCGUGUUGGAAAGUGGAAACUUCCAUCGAGUAAGAACUAUCUUGCCCUGUACAGAGACCUCCUUGACUGCGAUCGGUUGAAGGAUUCUGGAUUUUUGGACGGAGCUUUUGAAAGUCAGAAUGCGGCUCUUGUGCCCUUGAGUCGCAUUCUCUAUGAUGAGCUGGUUAAAUCGCUUCUUCUGAUUAUCGAGAAAUUAGAUUUGUCAUUGCAAAAGGUCACACCAGGCGAGGAGGCUCCAGAAGAUGCGUCUCAUGUCGUGCCUUCUUCUGACCCGACGGCUCAUCUCUUGCCCAAUAAGAUGAAGGACUUCACUGCCUUUAUCAAUUUAGUCGACUUUUGCAGUGAGCUGUUGCUUUACAAGCAUGUCGAGUAUUUUCGGACUUGGAUGUACCCCUUCAGCCACAAACUUAUCCUGCAGUCAAUUCGAAACCCACUUGUCAGUGGUUUUUACAAGUUGCUCUCGGUCACCAUGAAAAUUGCCAAGAAAAUGAAAUAUUACCAGGGAGUUGGCCUUAGAAGCUCAGCUUCUACUCAGAGUGACAAAGUGCAAAGUGCUUGUUUUGCCCUCUUCUCAAAGUUUGGAAAAGAGGUCUGUGUGAGAAUGAAGCAGUACAAAGACGAACUGCUGGCAUCCUGCUUGACGUUUGUCCUCUCGCUGCACCACAACAUCGUCGCGGUGGACAUCAAGGUGUACUGUCUCGCUCUGGAGGCGGCUCUGAAAUUGGGCCUUAGUCACGUCCCUUUGGCGAAUGCGGCUCUAGAUGCUUUAGAGACCUGGUCCGGUCACAUCCCUCUGGAGACCAUGCAGCCCUGCUACAAACUCAUCCUCCCUCUCCUGGACGGCUACCUCAAAACCAGCGGCAAUGACAACAAAGAGGAUAGCGUGUGGGAGGUGAUGUCUUCUUUGUCCUCAAGAACCGACAUCGGAUACAGCCGAGUGAUGACAAGACUUCUGAAGAAAUCCAACCAGCUUGCCGUGGAGGAUGCCCCUCUGACCAUGGUGAGGCUCAGGGUGGUGAAGUUGCUUGGUCGCUUGGGCGGGAAGCUCAACAGAAACCUCAUAACUGUGGUCUCAUCGGAGGACAUGAUGAAGAAAUUUGUCGCCUGGGAUACUGAGAAGAGGCUCAGCUUUGCCGUGCCGUUCGCCGACAUGAAGCCAGUCAUCUACCUUGACCCUUUCCUGCCUCGGAUCAGUGAACUCGCUCUGUCCACAAGUGACAGACAAACCAAAGUUGCAGCUUGUGAGCUGCUCCACAGUUUGGUCCUCUACAUGGUUGGGAAAAGUGCUCAGAUGGUGGAAGGAGAGAACCGUUUACCACCCAUGUACAAGCUGCACAAAAGACUUUUUCCUGUGCUGUUGCGCCUGGCCUGUGAUGUUGAUCAGGUGACCAGGCAGCUCUUUGAACCACUGGUGAUGCAACUGAUCCACUGGUUUACUAACAACAAGAAAUUUGAGAGCCAAGACACAGUCGCUGUUCUUGAAGCUAUUCUGGAUGGUGUUGUUGACCCCAAAGACAGCACCCUCCGAGACUUUAGUGGGCGCUGCAUCGAAGAGUUUGUCAAAUGGUCAAUCAAACAAACCAGCCCCAAGCAGCAAGAGAAGAGCCCCACAAACAUGAAGUCACUGUUUAAGCGCAUCUACAGCUUGGCUCUCCACCCCAAUGGGUUCAAAAGGCUGGGCGCAGCUCUAGCUUUCAAUAGUAUCUACAGGCAAUUCAGGGAGGAAAAUUCCUUAGUGGAGCAGUUCAUCUUUGAAGUACUUGUUAUUUUUGUCGAGAGCCUGGCUCUUGCACACACAGAUGAGAGAUCAAUGGGUACAUUGCAGCAAUGUAGCAGCGCCAUUGAUCAUCUGAAACGAAUUAUCAAGUACAAGGCCCCUGCUCUGAAUCAGCACAAUGCUAAGAGGCGCGUCCCGAGGGGCUUUCCGGCUGAUGAAAAGCUGUGCCUGUCCAGUGUGGUUUUAUGGCUUCUGGGACAUUGUGGACGACCGCAGACCGAAUGUCGCCACAAAUGCUUGGAGCUCUUCUAUGAGUUUGUACCUCUCCUCCCAGGAAAGAAGUCUCCACCGCAAUGGCUGGAGGGGGUGCUAAAAGAUCACGGAAUGGCUUUCCUGGUCGCAAAAUUUGAAGGUGGAGGUCUGCUCUCCCAACCUACUCUCAGGAACUUGACGGGGCCUUUUAGCGUAAGAGCCACUCUGCAGUGGAUGGAUCUUCUGCUGGCUGCCCUCGACUGCUACAACACCUUCAUCGGUCUGCAUAUCAUCAGACCAAGUCACAUGCUGAAUUCCAAGGAGGAAUCACGCUUUCUUCAAGCGGUACGUUUCUUUUUGACUGAGCUUGCGACUCGAGACCUGAGCGCGGCGGAGAGCUGCUUCCAUCGCGGCCAGAAGAACGCUCACUUCAGUCCGAUCGAGGUGGAGCAGUACAACUACAGCAAAUGCACAAUCAUCGUACGCCUGCUGGAGUUUACUACCAUGGUCCUAGUCAAGGGGGGCCAGGACUUUUGCAAGCUUCUGGAAGAAGAUAUUUUCAGCUGCGUAUUUUUUGAGCUGACCGCCAUGGUGGUGCACGAGCCCGCCGCUGUGGGUUUCAACAUGGCAGAUGUGGAUAUAAUUAAGAACCUACCCGAAGUAUGCGUUCCGCUACUCAAAGCUCUGCUGGCCUCACCGUACCGCGCCCGUGUCGAAUGUAGCUUGAAGAAAAGAAUUUCACAUAAAAGUGUCGAGGCGCUGUGUGCCGUCAACUUUUUUCACUCCGGAGACCACGGCCAGUUAGAAAUGGUUCUGUCUUCGUGCAAGCAGAUCCACAAAGCUGGCUUCCUCCACUCCAUUUUGAAGAGCCAGGAUGCAGAUCCCGCCAAAUCGCUUCUGCUGACGGUGUAUAACGGAAUAACUCCCGGCGACAGGAAGUCGCUUCCAUCCUUGGACAUCAAUACCAAGAAGCUUGCCGAGGGCCUGCUUCAGCUUGCCUUCUCCAUCUCUCAAAUGGGUGAGCAGCUACUGGACAUCCUGCUGACUGGAAGUCGCUGCCAAAGCUUCCUGAGCUUCUCCCAUGCCGAGUACUUCUACAGCCUCUUCCCUACGGCCAUCAACACCGAACUGCUCCGAAACAUGAAUACCACAGUACCUCGUCUCAUGACGGCCUCCUCUCUCAACCCCAGCAUGGUUAGUGUGUUGCUGAACGGCAUGCUGGACCACAGUUUUCGAGAGCGUUCGUCUCGGAAGACUCAAGGAAAACAGCUGGUGGCGGAGGUGCUGCGAGGGUGGAGGAGCCUGCAGUCGUGGUGGGCAGGCCACGCUUCAAACGCGGAGAGCAAAACCGCCACGCUUUUGCUCCUCUCCAAACUCUUACAGAUCGACUCGUCCGUGUGCUCCGAUGUCAACCACGAGGGGUUUAAGCCGGUGUUUUCGACUUUUACCUUGCUCCUGGUCGACACAAGCCUGCCACUGAAUCUCAAGAGUCAAGCCCUGUUGGUGUUGCCAUUUUUUACAACUGUCCCAGAGGAGUCGCUGGCUGAGCUGCAGAAAGCGCUCGAGUGCCUAGUGGCCUCCCACUUUCCCAUGCAGUCGGAUGAGUUUGCAAAGGGCUCCCUUCACCGCAACAACUACAUGGACUGUAUUAGAAAGUUGCUGGAUGCGCUGGAGCUUUCUCAGAGCCCGCUUCUGCUCAAACUGCUUGCCGGAAUUCUGUGUCGAGACAGAAAGCACAUUAUGGAGGAGCAAUUUCAAACGUGCUUUCAAAGAAUUGCUCAACGACCAAGCAGUGAACGGCAGUUCCAGCUGCUGUGCGCGAUAUAUGGAGUGAUCCAACAGGGGGAUGUGCCGAGGAGCAGUGUGCUUCAGGCCAUGGUGGAAAGAGUUCUGUUGCCUCUGGCCUCGCACUGUAGCACAAAGACACUCAGAGACUUCUUUGUGGCAAAUGUCACGGACAUAAUGGCUUUGCUUUCCAGUCGCUUCACCAAGGCAAGCGAAUCAGCAUUCGAGCUGCAGUUGUCCAAGAAGAACGGCUGCUUCAAGCUGAUGGAGCUCCUGUAUUCUCGGCUUCCCAAAGAGGAAGUUUAUUCAAAGGAGUCGCGCAUCAAUUCGGCUUACUGCGGUACAGACAAAACUGAAGGGAACGAGCUCUCAAAGAAAUUGCUCAAGUCGUGUUUUGAAACGUUCACCGAGAACAUGGCCGGGGAGACGCAGCUCCUCGAGCUUCGGAGGCAGUACCGCUGCGCCGCGUACAACUGCGCCAUCGCUGCCGUCAGCUGUAGCUUCAGUGAGCCCAAAUUCUAUUAUGGCUUCCUCUUCAGUGACAAGCCCGAAAAGAACCAGUUAAUUUUGGAAAAUAUCAUUGACGUGGAAAGGACCUACAGUUUCCCAGUUGUCAUUGAGGUUCCGCUCGAGAGAAAGAAGAAAUAUACUCUGAUUCGAAAAGAAGUGGGCGAAGAGAAUGGAGAGGUACCAGUGUAUCUGUCCUCCCAGUCCUACAUGGCCGACAGCAGUCUGAGCGAGGAAAUGAGCCAGUUUGAUUUCUCCACCGGCGUGCAAAGCUUUUCCUACAGCUCCCAUAAGCCCGAAAGGGAGCGACGCCCCAAAGCAAAGACCAUAGAAGAAGCUCCUUAUUCGCCGACGGCAACAGUGGAUCUGGAAAUGGAUGAGCUCAACCAGCAUGAAUGUAUGGCGAGCAUGACGGCUCUCAUUGGUCACAUGCAAAGGAACAACAUCACUCCCAAAAUUGAGCAGGGAAACGUGCCCAGUGACCUUCCUCCAUGGAUGAAAUUUCUACAUGGGAAAUUAAUGAAUCCAGCCACAGCGCUCAAUAUCAGACUCUUCAUUUCAAAGCUAAUCAUCAACACAGAGGAGGUCUUCCGACCGUAUGCUAAACACUGGCUGGGGCCACUCCUGCAGCUUGUUGUAUCUGGAAGCAAUGGAGGAGAGGGUAUCCAUUUUAUGGUUGUGGAUAUUGUGGUGACGGUGUUAUCUUGGACAAGCGUAGCGAGACCCAAGGGGAACGUCAGGGAUGAAGUGCUCGCCAAUCGGCUGCUGGAGUUUCUUAUGAAGCAUAGCUUUCACUCAAGAAGGUCGGUGUUUCGCCAUAAUCUGGAGAUCAUCCGUACUCUGGUGGAGUGCUGGAAAGACUGUCUUUAUGUGCCUCACAGUCUGAUAUAUGAGCGCUUCUGCGGCACGGACCCAGAGAGUAAAGACAACUCUGUCGGACUUCAGUUGCUCGGAAUCGUCCUGGCCAACAACCUCCCUGCUUACGAUGCCUCCUGUGGAAUUCCGUACGAUAGGUACAUCAAGUCCCUCACCAACAACAUGACCUUUGUCCGGUAUAAGGACGUCUACUCAGCCGCCGCCGAGAUUAUCGGACUGAUCUUGAAGAACACGACUGACGAAGAAAACCAUCACCUGGAGCUUCUCCAUCUUGCUGCCAGUCAGGUCACGAGUCUGAAGAAAAGAGAGAUGAAUGACAAAUUCAUUAUUUGUGUGAACAAAGUGUCAAAGCACUUUCCUCCUUUUAUGGAUAGGUUUGUGAGUGCCGUGUUCUACCAGCUGCCCAAGAUGCACGGCAUCUUAAAAAUGAACUGUCUGGAGUGUGUGCUGAGUCGAGCUGAAGUCAUCCCGGACAUUUUUUUGCAGCUCAAGACCACAGGAUUCAUUCAGAUGAUGGGCCAUCGGGACGAAGCAACGCAGAGAGUGUGUCUCGAAAUCAUCCGCAAAAUUCUUCCCCGCCUGACUCCACCUCAACUUCAGGAGAUCCUCGGAGCCGUGACGUCGUUUGUCUCCCACCCGUCGCCGGUGUGCCGAGAGAGAAUGUACGACAUCCUCAUGUGGAUCCAGGACAACUACAGUGAUGACGAGAGCAUGACGGACAGCACCUCGCUGGACGUUUUGAAUACAGCGAAAGAGACACUACUUCAAGGCUUGUCCGAAGAGAACCAAGGCCUUCAGCUGUACGUUCGUAAUUUCUGGAGUCAGGAAAAGCGUCUCCCGAGCACAACGCUGGAGCGAAUGUUGACCGUGCUUCAUUCUUUGUACACCUGUCAAAUCGAGAGAUGUUUCUUAAGCCUGGCAACCAAUCUCCUGUUGGAAAUGACCAGUCAGAGUCCUGACUUCAAACGAAACAUAUUCGAGUACCCGCUCUCAGAGUGCACCUUCCAGGAUUAUUUGAUUGAUUCCAACUGGCGCUUCAGGAAUACAGUGAUGACUCCAAUGUUUGUUGAAACGCAAAGCUCUCAAGGCCCUGAGAGCCUGACACUUUCCCAAUCAGGAGCCAUGAAGGGAAAGCUUCGAGCAACUCAGACCUCACUUCAGUUUACCCAAACCCAAAUAGCCGGUCGACACACAACAUAUAACUGGCUGACUGGCAGCAGCGUCGACACGGUUGCCGAGUAUUCGGCAUCCGAGUCUCUGUCCUCCUUGAUGGUGUUUGAAAAGAAAGCGGCGAGGCAAAGUAUGGCGAGACGGCCGGUAGGGGAAAGCUUCGGACAAGGGCGCCUCGCUGCAUCGACGGACGAGGUGGACAGUCACGCGAAAGAAGAAAAUGAAAAACGUCAAAAAAUCCUUCAGUUGAGACGCAGAUUUCUCAAAGACCAGGAGGAAAGCCUCAUUUUUGCACAAAAAGAGGUUCAGAGACAAAAACGACUCAAGGAGCAAAAAGCUGAUCAGAGGCUGCGAAAAGAAGCUCAAGUGACUCUGUAUCGCAACUACAGAGUGGGCGACUUUCCAGACAUCCAAAUCCCGUACAGUAACCUCAUCGCCCCCCUUCAAGCCGUUGCACAGAGAGAUCCGAUCCUGGCCAAGCAGCUGUUCAGUUCACUCUUUAGCGGCAUCCUCCACGAAAUGGAAACUCAGAAACCAAGGCAGCAAGCAUUUGAAAUUAAAGAGGACCUUCGAUGCACAAUGAAUAAAUUCCUCGACAAGAGUACGCUCUGCUUCCCACCGUUCAUAGCAUGCGUGCAAGACAUGUGCUACCAACAUAAAGACCUGCUGCAUAUCGAUCCAGCGCUUAUCAGCUCCACAAGCCUCGCAAGUCUCCAGCAGCCAUCGGGCGUUCUGCUUUUGGAAGAAGGUCUGCUGCACAUUGGCGUCCAGGAUGAGCCUCCCACCAAAAGGUCACGGGGGCGCAAAGAAAUCCCCCCGGACACCCAGAAAUGGGUCCACCUCGCAAGGCUUUAUCGAGACUUGGAGGAUUAUGAUGUUGUCCGCGGAAUCUUUGCCGGUAAAGUCGGAACCAAGCCCAUCACCAGCGCUGCCCUUCGAGCCGAAGCCAGCACCGACUUUGCUGAAGCUGCUAAGCUUUACAAUGAGGCUCUGAACACGAAAGACUGGACUGAUGGCGAGCCCACAGGAUCUGAGAAGGACUUUUGGGAAAUAGCCGCAAUGGAGGCCUAUGGCCAUUUGACUGAUUGGAAAUCUCUUCAGUACUGUUCCACGUUUUACAUCGAUGAAAAUAGCCCCGCUAACCUCGACAACAUGUGGCUCGAGCCCCUCUACCAGGAAAUGUACCUGCCGCACAUGAUUCGAAGCAUGCUCAAGCUGCUGCAGUUGGGUGAGGGCGACCAAAGUCUUCUCAGCUUUAUGGACCAAGCAAUGAAGGUGGAGGAGCGCAAAAAGCUGCUGGAGAGCCGUUACAGCCGAGAGCUCAGCUUGCUCUACGUCCUGCAGGAGGACUACGACCGAGCUAAAUACUACAGCAACUCCGCCAUGCAGAUGUUCAUGGAGAGUUACUCAAGUGUGGAUACGCUGCUGACUCAAAGUCGCCUUACCAUCCUGCAGUCAGUGCAGGCCUUGACGGAAAUCCAGGACUUCCUGCAGUUCAUCAAAGGAGAAGUGUCUGUGACGUCCCUCAAGCGGCUCAUCGGUUCAUGGACCGAGCGAUAUCCCGACGCUAAAAUGGAUCCGGUGAACAUCUGGGACGAUAUAAUUACAUCCCGAUGUUUCUUCCUGGACAAAAUCAGGGAAAAACUUCAAAGCCAUGCUGACGAUGAUAGCAUGGAGGUGGAUGGCGCGGACGAGAGCGCAGAGGACCUAGUUAACAACUGCAAGUUCAACAUGAAGCUGCACAUGGCUGAUAGCGCAAGGAAGCAGAAUAACUUUUCGGUGGCCACCAAGUUGAUGAAGGAACUUCAAAAGGAUGCUAAAACAAACAGGAAAUGGUUGCGGCGCUGGGUCCACAGUUUUAGCCGCUACAGCCAGAAGCGGUGCCAAGCUCAGGGUCCUUUGGAGCAACUCAAUAUCAUGCUCAAAGCGGUCCCACUUUUGGAGGAGAUUGAGAUUGACUGCCGAAAUGCCCAACCUGAAGUGUACCGAGACCAAAAAAUCCUUCAAGGAACAUCUUUCCACAUCAUGGCUUUGGCUGUACGCAAAAGUCCUUCAGUCUUGGAAACGAUUGAAGCUGACAAAGCAGAAAGAAUCGUCCGACUUUCACAGAGCGCUUGGCCGCCGCGAGAUCUGAAGAAAGUGGAAGUGGGGCUGCAAUUGCGAGCGUUGACGCUAAUGUGCGAUGCCACCGAAAAGGCUGACGAGGAGCUGCAAACGCAUCAAGAGGAAGAAUGUGUGGAAACCGGCAGCAUUGUGGACACAUAUAUGUCUUUGGCUGAUUUCUGCGACAAACUGCUGCGUCAGGAGGAUCAGGGUGACACAAACAAUCAAUUCCCGGACCUGUUGACCCUUCCAAUCCAUGUUGUGAAAUGCAUGCUGAAAGCCCUGAAAAUGAACUCGGAGGAGGCUCGUCUCAAGUUCCCUCGACUCCUCCAGCUCAUCGAGUUGUAUCCAUCCGAGACGUUAGACCUCAUGACAAAUGAGAUGGAAUCGGUCCCUUGCUGGAUGCUGAUUGGUUGGAUCGGUCAGAUGGUGGCCCUUUUGGACAAGCCUCAAGCCGUGGCCGUGCAGCGCUGCAUUGAGCGGAUAGCGGAAAGCUACCCCCAAGCUCUGGUUUACGCGUUGAUGAUCAGCGGUGAAAGUUAUCACUUUGAAGACUCGGCCACUGGCCACCGACAGCGGGAAUUUGUCAACAGGCUAAAGAACAUGCUGGACAAGGGAGAAGCCGUGAAGACAUUUGUGGAUGCCCUGCAACAGCUCACAAAUCCCGAGAUGAUUUUUAGGGAUUGGUGGGAAAAUGUGAAAAACGAACUGGAAAAAAGUGACUUUGACCAGGAGAAAAUGGAGAACAUGUACAACGAGAUGCACUCUUCGCUCGGGGACAGCAAGAAAGAGGGUCACGGGAUGUUUCGCAAGAAAUUUAUCCAAAAAUUUGCCAAAGACGUGGAGAAUUUGCUGGGAAUAAAAGGCUGCAAGCUAUUUGCGAAGAGGAAAGACCUAAACUUUGUGCGUGGCGUGGAUCAGUUUGCGUCAUCUAUGCGGGGCUAUCAGAAGGAACCCGGGAACCUGAAGGAGUACUCGCCCUGGCUGAGUGCCUUUCAGGCCGACCCGUUCAGAAACCAGCUGGAGAUCCCCGGUCAGUACGAUGGCAGAUCCAAACCUUUGCCCGAGUAUCAUGCCAAGAUAACCGGCUUUGAUGAGAGGGUCAAGGUGAUGUCGUCCAUUCGCCGUCCCAAGCGUCUGAUCAUCCGCGGCGACGACGAGCGCGACCACCCUUUCCUGGUCAAAGGUGGCGAAGACCUCCGACAGGACCAGCGCAUCGAGCAGCUCUUUGCCGUCAUGAAUAUUUUGUUGAGUCGCGACGCCGCAUGCGCUCGCAGAGGCCUGCAGCUCCGCACCUACCAAGUCAUCCCCAUCAACACGAGAAUCGGACUCAUUGAAUGGAUGGAGAACACGUGCACCUUAAAGGAGUUUCUUGCAGCCGCUAUGACCGAGGAGGAGUCCCUCAGGGCAGCCAGAUGUGCUGACAUCUACAAUAAGUGGCUGUCCACCUUUUCUCCAAAAGCGGAAAAGUCUCCCGUAAAACCCUACGCUCUAGCUUACAUGAAAGCAAAACGCCCUGAGACCGUCAAUAACUUCUCCAAAGUGUUGCAGCAAGUGCCCGCUGAUCUCCUCAAGAGAGCUUUCCUAAAGAUGUGCAACAGUCCCGAGGCCUUUCUCUCACUGCGUUCCCACUUCAUCAGCUCUCACGCUUUACUGUGCGUCAGCCAUUGGGUGCUGGGCAUCGGCGACCGGCAUCUCUGCAACUUCAUGAUCAAUACGGAAACGGGAGGCAUGAUUGGCAUCGACUUCGGCCACGCGUUUGGCUCGGCCACACAGUUCCUCCCUGUGCCCGAGCUCAUGCCUUUCCGGUUGACGAGACAGUUUGUGAACCUGAUGCAACCCUUGAAGGAGUCCGGUUUGAUCCAGAGUGUGAUGGCGCACUCCCUCCGAGCAUACAGGAACGAGCCGGACCUGCUGCUUAACACCAUGGAUGUGUUCGUCAAGGAGCCGUCGUUGGACUGGAAGAACUUUGAAAUCAAGCAACUGAAGAAGGGAGGUACGUGGACAGAGAGCGUGGAUACCAAAGAAAUCAACUGGUACCCUUUGCAAAAGGUGAACUUUGCCAGACAAAAACUGGAGGGUACAAAUCCCGCCACCAUCACCAGUGAAGAGCUCAAGCUGGGCUUCGAGGGGCUUCCAGCCUUCCAGGGGAUGCAGUCGGUGGCCUUGGGGACGCCGGAGCACAACGUCCGCGCGAGGGAACCGUCGGCGGGUCUCUCCGUGGAGAAGCAGGUGGAAUGCCUACUCGACCAAGCCACGGACGCAAACGUGCUGGGGAGAACGUGGGCGGGCUGGGAGCCGUGGUUCUGAUGACGAACGGACGCAUUUAAUCGCAAACCGGUUUAGCGGGUGCGCUUUCUCCAAUUGCUCACGAAAAUAAAUGUGCCAGCAAGCAUGACUCUGCUUGCCCCCAAAAUUUUAAACUACACUUUAAGGAUCGACAUCAUGAAAUGAAACAAUUCACUGCCUUGCACUUCAUUUGAAGGAAAUUGUUUGCUGGAAUUGUUGAUGAUCAAUACAGAUGAACUACUGUUUGGAAAAAUUGA